AUGAAUCCAUUUGAUGCGGAAUCAUUGGAUUCUAAAUCUGAAGCAGAUAACCCACCACCUCGUUCAAUUCAACAACUGAAUUCACAACCCUUUUCACAUAUAUCGAACCAAACAUCUCAACAAACAUCAAUACUUUCAUCACCUUCGAAAUCCAUUAAGAAUUAUUUUAGAAACAGGUCAUCUUUGAAAUCUAUAGACAGUAUCUCAGAAGGCAUAGUGCGGCACAUUGAUGAAGAAUUGGUGGCCGGCGGAUCUCCAUCGAAAAGGGCCGCACUCCUUACAAGACCUCUAUUUGUAAGGUCAAGGUCAUCUGUAGUUUCUAUAGGAAGUGGUGCUGCUAGAGGUGGUGCAGUUUCACAGAGCCCUACUAGAAUAACUAAGACUAAACCCGUAGAGAUUGAGGAUUUUGCAGACUCUUCGUCUGGCAGUGAGUACGAUGCGGAAUCCAUAAACAGUAUACUAGAUGAAUAUGAGCAAAAACGUAAGACUACGGAGAGAUUAGACAUCUUCAGAGAAGAUUUUGAUGAUAGUCGUGAUAGAACCAACCAAACUGUCGAAUCAGAGGAGAUAAAGCCAUUGAACAAAUCAAGAGAGAAGAAUACCUACCUUAAUAGAGAUCACUUGAAAGACAGGGCCAUUGCAAAUAAAGAAAAUGCGCAAAAUAGCAACAUUCUCAAAUUGAAGCGUGAACUGGAUGGACUGAGUGGUAAUAGAAGCCUGUCAGGGCUGAACUCCCUGGGGAACAGACAACUGGGUGGUAACAGAUCUUCCAUAAUAAGUGGGAACUCAUCUAAAUCACAAAAUUUAUUAAAUAAAAGAACGCUGAGGACUAAAUCGAUUAUUGAAUUGACCCUUGGCGAUACUCAUCAUCUCACUAAUUCUGAAAACUCAGUUAAUUCACCUACCAGUUAUUAUGAUGCAAAGCAAAGUGAAGCUAACAGCUUAUCCACUAGUGGUGCACACAGUGGGUUUAGAAUAUAUAAUGACUACCAGCAGCAAGAUUCCAACCCACCUCCCUUGCCUGUACUUUCAAAGGGAACCUCUAAUGUAAGGAUGCCAAUACUGGAAAGAAAAAAGGUUAUUAGUGCAUCAUCCAACGUGGAUGUAAUGAAUAGGUCGUCAAUAUAUAAUAUGACGACUGUCUCAGGAUAUGAUUCUAUACAAAAUAAUGAGAAAGGAAGUAUGACGGAGGGUCUAAUAAGGCCCAAGGUAGAAGGGAAAGUAUCGACUUAUUCUAUAUUUGGGUCUGCUCAUGCAGAACCUUCUAGUAAAGUGAAUAGCCCUGUUACUCACACUACAUCUUCUGAAACUUCAAGUUUGUAUAUGUCAGUUGUUUCUGAUGAACUUACAAAUAACGAAGUGAAUGCUUAUACAGAGAGACUGGAAUAUCCACUCCAGCCUCAUAAUAAUAACCAGCAGCAAACAUUUCAUAGCGAUGAGACAGCACUUCAUAAUAAUAGCAAAACACAAAACACAGACACUUUUUCACUUUCCUCGGGUGAACUUCUCAAUACAUUACAAAGCUACUAUGGCGCAGGAACAACCGCACCACAAGAUACCAAGGAAAAGAGUAGCACAGGCAUUGCACACCCCAUAUCUGUUGCUAAAAUAGUGGAUGUGAGGUUAUCUAGGGAGUCUCCAACAAGGAAACCAAUCCUCACGCCUGUAAGGGGUAGAUUCUUUUCUGAAUCUUCCGCCAGCGUUAAUCUUGGAAGCAUUGGGAGUUCAGGUCCAACACCACCAUCGACUGGAAGAGUCGUUAGUCCACCCGGAAAGGUGGCUAGUAGAAUAACUUCGAGUGUGACAGUAUCACAAACUUCACACGAUACCAGAAUUACUGAAUACAUCAACAAAAAUUUGAAUAAUGGUUAUGAUGACUUCAGACGUAGUCAACCAAUGAGUAUACUGGGGUCCCAAACAUCAUUCAGUUCUAUUAGACCACCUACGCCUAUCGGCCCCUUACAGGAUACCCUCGAGAGACAGACAUCGCACGAAAGAAUGUUAGAAAAGGAGGCAUAUCUCUCUGACAAAGAUGGACUGGUACAUCCAAACCCUAGUGACUUAGAAAAAGGAAUAUUCACACCGCAUAUUUCAAGCAAUAACCUUCUUCUGCUGUCGCUGCUGUUUAACAACUAUUCCUGGGGAAGGUGGGCUGUUUACUGCAUAUGUGGACUUUUAGCCCCACCCGUUUUCUUUUUACUAUCCAUGGGGUCGUUCGAUAGCAGAAGUGCACCUAGUUCUUGUUACUCCGGUGUGUCACAUUACUACACUGGUGAGCAAUUGACCAAAAGGAGGAAAUUUUCAAAAGCCCAAAAAGUGGGCAGUUUAAUAAUCGGAUUGAUAUGGUGUGUGAUAGUAGUAGGCAUGAUUGGAGUUGGGUUUGGGGUAGGUAUAACCAACGAGCAUCGAGCGUGA